CUCUGUGGACUGAACCCUGUCCGUGGUCCUGAACGCGCAUGCGCAGGCGAUCAGCUCGUGCGGAUCCUCCAGCCUGCACAAUUAAAGCGCUUUGCCUGCAUUUCCACUCAAUAGAUCCGCAAAAACACCUUCAAACGCCAUUUUCAAUGAAAAGCCAUGGAGCGGCCGGACAGCGAAUACUGCAGCUUUGAAAACCCGCUGAUCAGCGAGAUGAAGCAUUUCUGCAAGAAGAUACAAGAAGCCUGCAACGAGCUGAAGGAGGAUCUGACGCCGUACAAAAACGAGCGCUUCUACAGGUUGGCCCCCAUGCGUCUCUACACUCUCUCUAAGAGGCACUUUGUUCUGGUGUUCGUGGUUUUCUUCUUCUGCUUCGGCAUCUCUACCCUCAUCGGUGUGUCAGGACCGAAGAUCAUAAGUGAGAAUUAUUACAACGGUUUAAGCAUCAGCGUCAAUGGAUCAAAGACCGGCCCGUUCGACCUCCGAUCUCAGCCGCUGUCCAACUACAACCAGCAGCUCUGGCUCACAUGCAUCAUUCAGCUCAACAACAACCUUGUAGAUCUGGGUUUGAGAGAGUUCGGGAUGAACGUGGAGCUGCAGGGCGUCAUGCAGGACGCCAGCGUGAUGCGCAUCAGCGACAAUGUGCAUAACAAAAACAGAAGCCUUCACUGCCCCGCGCAUCAGCAGGCGUGUGAUGAGAUCAUCGUGUUGCAUCUGGGUUACCUGAACUACACGCAGUACAAGAUCAACGUCAGCUUCAGGAACCUACAGGACGACCUGAAGGACAACAUCAAAAAUGUCACUUUUGUUUUUAAGAUGUACAACGCCACGUUCUCUCAGGUGGAGAUUUGGUUCCGGUUUGUGUUUGUAGUGAUGACCUUCAUAGUGACGUGUAUGUUUGCGCACUCGUUGCGGAAGUUCUCCAUGAGGGAUUGGGGAAUCGAGCAGAAGUGGAUGUCGAUUCUACUUCCUCUGCUGCUGCUCUAUAACGAUCCCUUCUUCCCGCUGUCGUUCCUGGUGAACAGCUGGUUUCCGGGGACGCUGGACGCGUUCUUCCAGGCUCUGUUUCUGUGUGCGCUGCUGCUCUUCUGGCUGUGUGUGUAUCACGGCAUCAGAGUGCAGGGCGAGAGGAAGUUCUUGACGUUUUACCUGCCCAAGCUGAUCAUCGUAGGACUGUUGUGGCUAUCGGCCGUCACACUGGGAAUCUGGCAAACGGUGAAUGAGCUGCAGGAUCCCACGUAUCAGUACAAAGUGGACAUCCAGAACUUCCAGGGCAUGAAGAUCUUCUUCCUGCUGGUGGUGUGUUUGUAUGUUCUGUAUCUGGUGUUUCUGGUGGUGCGCGCCUGCUCUGAGCUGAAGAACAUGCCGUACACAGAUCUGCGGCUGAAGUUUCUGACAGCGCUGACACUGGUGGUGCUGAUGAUCAGUGUGGUCAUACUGUACCUGAGAUUCGGCUCCAAGGCCUUGCAAGACAACUUUGUUGCCGAACUUUCCACCCACUACCAGAAUUCAGCUGAAUUUCUGUCCUUCUACGGCCUCCUGAACUUCUAUCUCUACACGUUAGCGUUCGUCUACUCGCCCUCCAAAAACGCUCUCUACGAUUCCCAGCUGAAAGACAACCCUGCCUUCUCCAUGCUCAAUGACUCGGAUGAUGAAGUCAUUUACGGGAGCGAUUAUGAAGAAAUGCCUCUUCAAAACGGCCGCGCCAUCAAAGCCACCGCCAAAUACCAGGAUGGGAGCGAGAGCGACUGAACCGAGUGUGAAUCUGGUGUGACUCCGGAUCGCUCCUGUAUAUUUGAGGGAUGUAUAUAGACUUACUGUUGAAAUGAUGCCAGUGUCAUUAUAUACUGUGUGUAAAUAUACAGGCUGAUAUAUUUUUAAAGGUAAAGUGGUGUUUUUGAAUGUAACUCCAGCCGCCCUGAUGAUGAUGAUGAUGAUGAUGAUGAUGUUUUUGGAAGGUCAGUGAAGGGCAGCGUGCAAAUAUCAACUGUACAUCUAAUCUAAAUACUGUUGAACCACUGUUGUCACGAAGAAAUGGCCAGAUUAUAUUUCACCUCUAAACUAAAAAUUAUGACAUAAUUAAGCACUAUGAUCUCAGUAAACAUUAAAUUCAGUAACACAAAUGUUUGCAAAUAAUGUUUACGUUCGAAAAAAUAUAUAUUUUGUUCCUUUUGCAGUGCACUUAAGUGUUUAAUUGUCAUGAAACUACAAGAAUAUUAAGGUCCCAACAAAAUGCAUAACAUUAUUUAAAUGUUUCUUGCGCUUUUGGGAGUGAAAUAUGACCUGGACGCUUCACGUGAUUCGCCCUCAGACUGUGUGAGGAAGAUUUUCUGGCUUGUUUGAGUCACUUUGCCAGUAUAGAGAUCAUGUGAAUUCCUUUGUCAUUUUUGAUGAUGAAAUCAAGCCUUGUGUUUUUGUUUUACAUUCCAAAAGCCUUCUUUUCUCACAUUCCUUUUUUUAUUUUAUUGUGCCUGUAAACAGUUUCUCUCGCCGUCUUUGUUGUAUUUAUUGUUUUGUGGGUCUGAAUCACUUACUGAAAUCAUCAGGUCUGUGGAAACGGUUGUUUUGAGCACUGUUCGUUCACUUCAUUGUCUUAAAGCCGUUUAAUUUGAGCUGUAAUGAUGUUUGAAGGUCUUUACAGAUGUACAUUUACUUGAGUUUAAGAACGGUGGUGGAUGUUUUGAUGCAAUGUCCCAGAAGCACUGCGUCAUUAGUGUUAGGAUGAUGUCGGUCCAAACACUCCUGCAGACAAACUCAAGGCACAGAUUGCACUGUUGUGAAGAGAAUAAAACGUGCUGAAAUUUUUAA